AGAGAGAGGAGAGAGAGAGCAGGAGGACUACUAUGGCAACUUGGGGCUACCUCUUGGUGGGUGUUAGCGUCCUCGCCCAAAUCGAAGCUUUCGUUAUUUCUUCGGGAAGGGCACCACCGGCACAUCAUGUGCUGCGCGCACCAGGUUAUCAUGAUCUCGGUCAGCGAAUGACGGGGCGGGCUGCACAAGUCCGGAUGGCCGCCAGAGAGAGCGAUGAAAUGGGUGAUGGGACUGAUAUCAAGCCAACGUCGGAAGACCCCAGCCUCGGUGUGAAAGCUGCUUGGUACGGCUCGGAGCUCUUCGGCAACAUCAUCGGUCUCGGGAAAAAGAAGGAGCCGGAAGAGGCUUCGUCGUCAACGGCGGAGCCGAUAUCGCGAGCGGACGCGGUCGCCAGGUUGAAAACGGACUUCGACCGCUUCUACUUCGUCACCGGGCAAAUGGACCUCGACUUGUACGAACCCGAGUGCGUCUUCGCCGAUCCGUUCGUUGCAUUCGAGGGACGAGACCGCUUCAAGAACAACCUGGACAACCUCGGCUCGCUGAUGCAAGACGUCAGUCUCGACGUGACCAGUUGGGAAGAGGCGGAGGCGUCCAUCAAGACAAAGUGGCGGUUUCGCUGCGUGCUCGGCCUGCCAUGGAAACCCACCCUGGCGGCUGCGGGGGGAACGGAAUUCUUCUUCAACCAAGAAUCAGGUCGGAUCGAGCGCCACGUCGAGUCGUGGGAAAUCGAACCCAUCGACGCUCUCAAGCAGCUCAUUCGCCCCGGCCGGAAAAAAUCGAGUGGGUCGUAAACCAAGGCGUAUGGACGGAGCGAGAGCGAGAGCGAAGCGUCGCAUCGAUUCGUUUCGUUAUCGACUUCUUUGUACAUAGCAGCGCUGAGGCGAGUCCGUUCAGGGCGACAGAUGGAAAUUGCACGAGCCUAUG